CAAUCCGACCCCCCAAUAUCUCACACUUCUUACCCACACCGACGCCUCUAUCAAUAAUAUAUGUUUUCUUUUCUAAUUGGUGUCUGAGAAGCUACUCCGCAUCUCCGACCUAAUUGUGCCUUUGUCCGAAGUCCGAAAGGCUGAGACACCCCAAUUACAAGACACAAUUGCAAGACAUAAUGGAUUGUAAUCGUACAAGAACACAAGCCGCUUGCGUCGGCCGACUAAACCCGCCAGGGUGUAAUGAGAAGAGAGAACUGGCCACCUGCCUUUCUCAGAUUUCUGCAGCCACCUAAGGGAGGGACUAAAGGACGAUACCUUAGGUAAGGUAGGACUUUGAAGGUAAUACACCUUUAUAUGUUCCUCGCGGCCCAGAUAUGUGAGCCUCGACUCUUGGCUCGGCCCUCGUUUGCCCCAAAGCUGGUCGGUUUCCGACUACCGAGUCUCGGCCGGGUAGUAAAUGACCUGCCACUAAAUGUCUACCUAUCUAUCUUUCCUUCUCUCCACGGAAGGAUUCUCAUCUAACUCGUUUGCUAUUUUUAUUGUGGUAACAAUCUAGAUCUCUGCCCCCAACACUAGUGUAUUCCUCGCCAACGAAUGUGAAGUCACCCUAUCUAAGCUGAAGAGACUUAUUUCAUCCCUUCCCUAUUACUUCCCCCUUUACUAUUAAACCGCCACUCUGACGCGUUGUACACGAGAGGCGCAAAUGACACAACAGAAAGUUAUGGUAGAUUCCGAAUCUGCUAUUGUUACUACAUUUCCACGGUUCCAAGAUCUCCCCGCCGAGUUGAGACUUUUGAUAUGGCGAUUUUCUUUACCACGCCGAGCAUUCGAGAUCCGAAGAGAGACGGUUUCCGUCAGGCUAGAUGACGAAGUAGGCGACUUUAAAGAUCUCGACCAUGAUGCUUGGCGACUCCGUAGUUCAGAUCUGGUGGCCGUAAUUCUGGCUCCGCCAGCAUUGUUGUCGGUCUGUCGCGAAUCCCGGAAAAUAGCUAAGCGUACCGGAUCAUGGAAAUGUGUCGGCAGCCGUCCUCGAGGUAUCUGCCGAGUUCUCAAGUUAGAGACGUGGUUCGAUCCAACAACAGACACUCUUUGUUUCGACGACUCCGCUAUUCAAAAUAUUGCUGGGCAAAUAACAGAACGGAACGGCCUACAAACCGAAAAUACUAAUAAUCCCGCUAUCACUAGAUUCUACUUUGCUCAGUCACCUGUGAGCCCUGUCUGCGUCAGCCUUGCAGCGUUGGCAGGAAAUUCGGGGAAGUUCUUUGCAGAGCAGUGGAACCGUAGGCUUCGAGGUUUCUGGCACGGCGUACCACAAUGCCAAUAUUAUCACGAUAGCAUAUUGAUGCACCUGGGUAGAUCCCCUAAGGUCCAAGAGAUAUUUGGGAAGGGCGCUGAUAGAUGCCAUACACUUCUCGUCGACGCGCGUGAUUAUGGGAAACUACGAAAACUACACAGGUUGUACGUUGAUGAGUCCGAUACAACCUACUCCCAGCGAAGGGUUGCGGACUGGCUUGAACGUGUUAUGGACCCGGAAGGGGAUUACAUCGAACAAUCGCAGAACGACUUGAAAGAUCUCUGGCUUAAAGCUCAAGAAAACAUACCAUUUUCGUCCAUCGUCCAUUCCCCGGGUCGACUAGGAAACCAGACGAGAUCCCUACUCGACCCAGGCGCCGUCCUACACACUAUACUACAACAAUUUGACCAUACUCAUCCCUGGUGUCAGGGUGUGAUAAAGGGAAUGCCCAAUAUGCGCCUCGUAAUUCACUUUCGAUUAUGCAUUACGAAUCAUGAUAAAAAGCAUUGCCAGAAGAUAAAGGUACUUGGAAAUUAGGCGCCACUUGGGAGCCUUGUUUCUCGUAUCUAGCCUAAGCCUGUAUAGAUUUGGCAUUCAACAUUUGAUAUUUAAUAGGAUAUUAUGAUAUAGUUAUUAUGAUUCAAUA